CAGUCUAGCUUAUUUUUCCAUUAUGUUCAGUUGUCAAUUUUGUGGCCACGAAUGUGUUACUAAAUAUGCCUUUGUAAGGCAUAUGAAAGUUCACCAAAACACCCCCCACAUCAAAUUUAAAUGUGCUUUUCAUGGUUGUAACCGUUCAUUUGGCAAAGUGUUGUCUUUAAAAUGUCAUGUAUAUAACACCAGCCGCCCCUCUGGAGGACAUUGAAAGUCAGUGGCCCUACUUGUUUUUGCCGAGGAGCAUGUGUGCCCACUUUGAACUGCUCACAGACAUUCAGAUCUUGGGAAUAACAGAAGCAUUUCCGGAAAACCAGGGCAGAAUCAUCUCGGAAUACUUCAAGGCCAAUCCCAGCAACGAUGAAGUAAAGAACGUCCUCUCACAAGAAAACGGUAUUACAUUCCCCUAUAUUCUGGAUCUACUGAUGGCACACUUCAAAGAGCAGAGAGAUGCCCUCAUCUUGCUGGCAGAUGUGUCAGACACAGCAGCAACUGUGAAGACAUCCCUUGCCCUCCCCGAUAGCCCUCGGUUGAUCAUUCUAGGUCCAAUGAUUCCUGACCAGCGUUGGAUGGUUAGCAUCGAGGGCCACGUGGUGUGCGAAGGAGCAACGUUUGUUUUGGGGCUUGCUGUUGUCUUCGCAUGCUACUACAACUUCAACCUCCAAUAUCAGGAUCUGGCUGCCUGCACACUUGAAUUCAUACAGAGAAGCUGUGUUGGGAUUAACCCAGAGAGAGGGACAAAGGCACGUCAGGGAAAGGUGACCAGCAAGAAGAGCGGGCGAAUGGUCCAAAAGAAAGCGACAUCCCUGAAUCCGCAUGUGUGCACCCUCUUGAGGAAGCUCAUGGACUUCGAGUGGGACUUUGUAUGAGUUUAUCACUACCCUGACUCUGUCCAUGGAGUUCAGAUGAGUACACAUACACACGCACGCACACAUGCACACACACACACUCACACACACACACACAUACACAAACACACCCACACAGACGCACACACCCACACCCACAUCCUUCUAUGUAUGGGUCUCACUUCUUCACAUUGUCCAUGGAGUUCAGAUGAGUACACAUACACACGCACGCACACAUGCACACACACACACACACACACACAUACACAAACACAUACACAAACACACUCACACAGACGCACACACCCACACCCACAUCCUUCUAUGUAUGGGUCUCACUUCUUCACAUUGUCCAUGGAGUUCAGAUGAGUACACAUAUACACACUCACUAAUCCUUCAUAUCUAUGGAUGUGUCUCACUCAUUCACAUUGCUAUUUGUAUUUGUAAGGGCUAUUUUUGUUUUAUUUGUAUCUAUUAUCUUAACAAUGUCCAACCAGACAUUAUUUCUGUUAAAUUUUGAAGUUAGCGCACAAUAUUGUUCAACAGCAUAGAUCUGUCAAGUAAAAAACUCUAGCGUACUGGGGAGGCUCUUUCCUUUUGAAACAUAACACUAUUGUCUCAGUCUGUAAAGUACAAUGCACAACGUACAAAUACACACACAUAAAAAAAUUCAUUCACACCAGUAUUUAUAUGUGUAAUAGCUAUUUUGUGUUUUGGGCUAGCACACAGUAUUGUUCAAUAGUCAGUAUUGUUCUGUUAAGUAAAACCCCCUAGCGUAAUGGGGAGGCUCUUUUCUUUUGAAACAUUAGUAUUUACUCAGUUCAUCAAGUACACAUUUUGUCCGAUAACCAUGCACUCACUAGGAAAAACACACUCACACAUGCAACUUAUCCAUACCAUUUUGAUUUCUAAGGGCUAGAAUAUUUGAAUCAGUUAUUUGGAUGCUAUUUUUUGUCAAGGCUAUUCUAAUAAACAAGAAUAUUAUGAAUA